UCGGCAACGAAGAGUUAAAAUGUAAAAAGAAAAAAACAUUUAAAGAAAUAAAAGUGAAGAAAAUAAAAAUUUCAAAGAUUUGACGAAUUUAAAAAGUGACUUGAAAGGAAGAAAAAAAAAGUUUUGCAAAUAUUUACUCAAUAAAAAAAGUAGAAAAAUAGAAAAAAGAAUUGUGGAAAGAUGAAGAUAACUUUAGGAUUAACAAUUAUUCUUCUCACAUCGACGGUGCCUUACACAUACGGACAGGAUGAAUCUUUAGCAGGGAGUUUCCUUUCAGGCCUCCUUGACACAAUCACAUCGACAGAGAAUUCGAAAGAUUGUCCGGGCGUUUGCGUGCAUGCACUCGCCACUUUGAUUUGUUAUGAAGUCCUUGAAGAUAUUAAAUGUCCGACACCAAGCAUGAAAUGUUGUGUGGAAAGUAGUUCAGCAGCUACAAAUCUUUCAACAUCAACACAUCGACCUGUGACAACAACGACAGAACGAACAACAACAGAACAUGUCAAACAUUCCACAAGCAGUAAAUACAGUGAGAAGAAAGACAACGAAUGUCCCGGCGUUUGUGUAGCUGAUCGAAUUGCUGAUUAUUGUGAAGCUUAUUUGAAAACGCCAAAUUUAUGUAAAGUUGGAACAAAAUGUUGUGUCGCUAAAGACUCAUAUAUGGACAACCCCGAUUUACGGGUGUUGAUUGGAUCUCACAAUUCGAGUAAAGCUCCCAUGAAACCUCAGAAAACUUCAGAGAAAGUCCACAGUGAACCUCCGAAGUCAAAAACAAAUCCGCCUCAGAAGUAUUCAAAGCCACAACCAACAAAAAAACCCUUCCAACAGUCACAAAAGCCAAGCGGUCAAGGCCAAGUAUUCAAUGAAUGCGAGGGUGAAUGUGUCAGUGGAUUAUUUGCACUUUUCUGUGAUGACAUCGAUACAAAUGCUUAUUGUCCUAAUGAAGGAAGUUGUUGCACGCCUGCUGGAGGUGCAAAUGACAAAGAAGUUGUUUCAACUACACAACGUAUAACUACAAGGCCACCACUUCCAAGAUGUCCCGGAUUCUGUUUACUCAACAUUAUGGCAGCAUUUUGUGAAAAACCUGCAGUUGUCAUUCAACGUACAUCAAGCUGCAGCAGUGGAUCAAUUUGUUGUGACAAUACCAGAGUGCCAGUAACUCGAAGACCACCGCCAACAACAAGAAGACCUCCACCCACAACUACACAUGCUCCAACAACAACAUUACCUCCCGAUCCUAGAGAAGAAUGUCCUGGUUCAUGUAUUGUUAGCUUGUUGAGCUUCACAUGCUUCAGAAAUGCUGAAAUGACUGAAUUAUUUAAGUGUAAGAAAUCUGGAACACAAUGCUGUGCACCAAAAACAAAGAUCCAAGAACAACUUGACAAACAUAACAGAAACUACACAUAUCCAUACAAUCCAAACCUUGGUCCAGUUAAUCCAAAUUAUCCACACCCACAACAAUAUUAUAAUAACAAUUAUCCACCUUCAAAUUAUCCGCCACCCCCUCCGCCACCUGCAAUUAAUUACCAACAACAAGCUGUCAAUAAUUAUCCACCACCAUCUGCCCACAUUUACGAGCCAACAAUCUCACAACCAUCGACGAUUACUUAUGAGAUUGUUGAACCAACAACGUCACCAAGACCUCCACCAUACUCGAAAUAUGUUUGCGGUGUUAAAGGAACAAUUCGAACUGGUAAAGAAUAUUUAGUUUUGCAAGGAAAUUCCACAACAAGAUCGAAACGAAAUAAAGAAUUUGAAAGAGAAGUUGCAAAUGUUUAUAAAAACAAAAACACUGAACGACUUGUUCUUGGCAGUAGUUUGGUGCCCAUUCCGAUAAUUUAUGAAGAUAAUUCAACAUUCUCGUUCAAUAUGGCAAAUCAUCAUCAUCAUCAAAGAAGAAAUUUGAAUUUAAGUCAUCGACAAGCGAGAGUUGUUGGAGGUGAAGAUGGUGACAAUGGCGAAUGGUGUUGGCAAGUUGCAUUAAUUAAUUCUCAAAAUCAAUAUUUAUGUGGUGGUGCUUUGAUUGGAACUCAAUGGGUGUUAACAGCAGCACAUUGCGUGACGAAUAUUGUUCGAUCUGGUGACGCGAUAUACGUCAGAGUAGGCGACUAUGACUUGACACGAAAGUAUGGCAGUCCAGGUGCACAAACUCUCAAAGUUGCUACAACUUAUAUUCAUCACAAUCACAACAGUCAAACACUUGAUAAUGACAUUGCAUUGUUGAAGCUAUUAGGUCAAGCUGACUUGAAAGAAGGUGUUUGUCUGGUUUGUUUGCCAGCACGUGGCGUGAGUCAUGCAGCUGGUAAAAGAUGUACAGUCACUGGUUAUGGGUACAUGGGAGAGUCUGGUCCAAUUCCACUGAGAGUUCGUGAGGCUGAAAUUCCAAUCGUCAGUGACACUGAAUGCAUUCGUAAAAUUAAUGCAGUGACUGAGAAGAUUUUCAUUUUGCCAGCGUCAAGUUUUUGUGCUGGUGGAAUAUCAGGAAAUGAUGCGUGUCAGGGUGACGGUGGCGGUCCGCUUGUUUGUCAAGAUGAUGGAUUCUUUGAACUUGCGGGUCUAGUAAGUUGGGGAUUCGGAUGUGGUCGAGAAGAUGUUCCAGGAGUCUACGUUAAGGUGUCAUCGUUUAUUGGAUGGAUUAAUCAAAUUAUCAGUGUGAAUAAUUCAUGAUUUUAAUGUCGUUAGCUUUAUAAAUAUCUAAUUUAAUUUAUUUGUUUCGAGGAAAGUUUGUAGAUUGUGUCACAGAUUUGUGAAGCGUCAAUUCAUCAAGUUUCACUUUUAUUUUGACAAUAAUUUAUGAUCAUUAACAUAUUUAAGCAAAAAGAAAUUUGUGAUAUGAUUCACAAACAAUUCCCAAUCGAUUGAAAAGAGAAAAUUCCUAGUUUGUAAGAUAAGUUAUAAAACAUUAACAAAUCGGCGAUCUUUUUUCCGUGAAGACGAGAGAAGAACAAUCGUGAGAAACGAAACAAAUCAAACAAAACAUUAUCUGCUGUUGAAAAUGA